AUGAGUAUCCAGGACGUAGGAAUAGUAAACAAUCCCAAUGAGGAGAACCAGCCGGAUGUAGAACACUUUCAAUAUGGCGAUAAUGUUACCGAUAUCUCGGAUGAGAUGGCAACGGAACGAUUACCACUUUCACCUACAGCGAAAUUCUACGUUAAUACUACCACACCUAUUACUAAUGGAACAAAUGGUCAUACACCACGCAUAGAUGAUCCUCCCAAUCGAUGGAAGAUAAAAUAUGAAGAUUCUGAGGAACGUCGAAAGAAAUUACUCACUGAAAAUGAAAAAACAAAACGUGCUCUCGAAGAUUCCGAACGAAAAUGUAUCCAAUUACGUUGUAAGAAUGAAGAACAAGAAACCGAAUUAUUCGAGAAAAACGAAAGCCUCGCCAAGUUAACAACCGCUUCUAAAGGACUUUUUAAAGAAUAUGACGCUCUUAAACAUAAAUACGAAGCAGAAACAAACGCAAUGCGAGGUGCACUCACAGACGCCUCACAUUGGUAUAAAGAAAACAAAGCCUUACGUCGUAGAACACUCCUCCUUCAGGAUGCAGACGCUGUUGAUGAAGGCGUGGAUGCAUGUGAACCCACCGCCUCCGAUGGGGCGGAUCUUGACAAUCUACGUGAAUCAGUGAGGGCGUUAAGUACAGAGGUGGCGCAACUCCAAGCGGAGCUAAACGCUGCUAAACUAGCUGAGUUUGAAGCUAGUGAACAUGGCGCACAACAAUCACAUGACUUAGAGGAGGAGCGUCGACGUAAUGACCGCCUCCAGAGUGAAUUACGUGAUUUAACUCAGAGUCAUGAACAACUCAUGCGGGUUUCCGGAAUGAUGCAACGUGAACUCGAAGAGCUGAAACGCAUGGCCGCCAGUCAUCAAAGCAACGCUGAGGCACUACGUAAAGAAGCUGAUGGCUAUCGUAAGGAGCGUAAUGUCCUAGCACAUCAAAGCACCAUUUUAUUGGAAGGUGUAGAUGAUGUGGGACAACUCCUACUUGCGCAGGAAGUAGAGGAACUUAAGAGUACUCUUGAGGAGGAACGUGCCAGUCAUCAGUUGGAGUUGGAAGCGUUGCAGGAGCGUUGUGCUGAUAAAGAACGCGAUGCGCAAGUUGAGAUAUUAGAGGAGCGUUUGCGAUUGGUUGAAGCGGAGUUAAGACGUGAGGCGGAGCGUGCUGAUGUUGCUGAAGCUAAAUUAAAAGUUGCAAUUGCGCCGCCUCCUCCUCCACCACCGCCUCCUUUGCCACAAGCACAGUCUCAACCGCCUGUUGUGCCGUUGAGAGUUAAGAAGAUGUCGAGAUCUUCGCCGCCUCCGAGUUCAGAGGAGCAUGUGGAUAAAGCUACUGCUGCGCCUGCUGCUGCGGGUGUUAAUGAAGAUAUUAUUAACCAGAUUAAAGGUGGGAUGUUUACACUGCGUAAGGCUAAGGCGGAGCGAAGGGAACGUGAAGCACCGAAGGCUGUCAGCGAGAUGUUGAAUAUCCUGGGGAGUUUGAGGAGGACUACGCGUAAUCGUAUUUCUCUUGCGCCUGCUAGUUAUGGCGAUGUGCAGUUGUGACUUUGACUAUGUAUCUAUAAUUUUUUUAUUGUUAAUGUAAAGCUAUUUUAUGCUAAAUAUAUUCUUAGUUUAUAUUA